UUACAAGGCAGAUAAGAAUAAAAAUGACACGCAAAGCUGCUGAUGGCAACGAUGAUGAUGCAAUUUAAUAUCCCUGGCAGGUGUUAAAAUAAGGGAUUAUGUAGGGAAUCAGGAAGGACAGACCGCAGCAUCGGCAGCAGAAACCAAAAGCUGUCAUCAGCAAAAAUCUGAUGAGUAUAUAAAAACGCGUCCAGUCGGUGGCAAAAUCAACAGUUUUACAGUUGCUGCGAACACAGCAAGGUAAUACGCACCAAAAAUAAACAUCAACAUAUUCAACCGAAGGACCUCAUCAUAAACCAACAAUGAAGCUCCUGACAUUAUUCUUCCUGGCCUAUAUGGCAUAUACUACCGCCAAAGUGGUUCCCACUUCAACUAGCAAUCACCUGAGCAUUGACCAGCACGGUAAAAGGGUUUAUGCGGAUGUGGCCGAGGAUAAAUGCGACUAUCUUUGUCCCGAAAAGGAUCCUUCGGUGUGCGCCACCAAUGGACAAUGCCUUCUGAAGUUUGAGAGUCGCUGUGCCAUGACAGCCUACAACUGCCGUAAUCCGCAGAAAAUGUUUAAGCUCGUGGAAGACCAUCGUUGCACGCAGGACUGGCAGCCUCUUUGCAUGGAGUCAGAUCUCAGGGAGUUCGGCUUGUGAGCGAUGCUUUCAGUUGAAAGGUUGAGCAGAGAAAUAAAAUAAAAA